AUGCCCGAGUUCUCCACGCACCAGCAUUCCAUUCUCAAACCGCUUUACCUGCAACAGCAACGCAUCGGAGAUUCGAGAGCGAUCUGGAAGUCAGCGUCACACCGUCUUCUACUGCGGAGCAAAGAUAGCAUACAACGACUAGACGCCGAGCAAGCCAUAAUGGAGCAGAUGACUGCGAAGAUGGAGUUGGAGAAGAGGCAGCAGCCCCAGAUGAGGAGCAUUCAGAGCAUCGAAGAGAUGGCUGAGGAAGACAGGAGGGCAGAUGAGGAAUGGAACGGCAUCGCAAACCAACUUGCAUUCGAUGCGCAACUCCCUGGCGUUCAGGAAGUCAAGUCCGUCUCAUUCCGUCACCAAAAACGCCACAUUGCGAAUGCUCGACGGUAA